AUGGCUCCCAUCCGCCGCUACCUGCGCAUCAGCAAAUACUCUGUGCUGGAAUGUCGCAUAUAUCUAGACAACCCGUCCGAUAGUCGCUGGCUUCUCAACCCUCAAUACCCGGUUCUCCCACGAGUGUUCGACGCGAUCCGACCGCUGGUGUUGCCGAAGUUGCGGGAGGAGAAUGAACGACGGUUUCUUCGAAAGAAGAGCAAGGUCACCAAGGAUGUCAUCGCCGAAGAUGACUUCGAAGUCGGCAUCUUCCUUCGCGAAUCACGCACCCGCCAUUCUCUCUUGACGCGACAUAAAACUUUCGAUUCGGCAGGAAAAACAGAAGAUGGAGACUCUAAAGCGAUAUUCGAAGCUGCAGAUCCUGCAAACCCAGAAGUCGUCGACAGCGAUAGCGAUCCCGAGUUCAACUUGCGAGAUAUUCCCGAAGCGACCGAUGAUGGCAGUGCAGACAACGAUCCUCCAUCGCGGAAGAGAAAGAGAGAGGCUUCGGACCUGCUGGUAACUGCAAAUACGGAUGAGAAAAAGCUGGGAUUCAACACACACUACGAAAGCUUCAACAUCUCGGGGUGGGUGCUGUGUCUGAUAAUUUCGCGCAAGGGGGACCAAGCAAGAUCGAAUGUUGCAACCUCGGAGCCUAAGCAGCCAUUGAUGGAGCAAUGGAUAUCGACACAAGCACAAGGUGCCGGUGAGGAUUGA